AGCGAAUCAAUCAGCAGAAUGCAGCGGGCACAACUCACUUCACAGGUCCUACUGGCUACGGCCAUCCUCUACGCUUGUCUGGCGCCCGCUGCCUGCGUCUUCGAGUCACAGAUCCUGGCGUUCCUCAAUGAGUUCCGCAUGCGCAUGUGCCAUCCCAUUCCGAAUCUGGGCCUGCCCGCCUUGGAUCCUUUGAAACUGGGUCCGGCCGAGACAGCUCUGAACAAUAAAUACCUGGUGGAUUUCACUGGGUCCAUCGACAACUUCACGUUGCACGGGCUCUCCGAUUUCGAUGUCCCUGUCCUCACUUUGAACCCGGCGCCCGCACUAAAGAACACCAUCAACGUCACCUUUCCACUUACCUACUUCGAGUCCUUGUACACCGCUAAGGGAUCGCUGGCCUACAUCGUCAACCUGGCCGGCGAUGGCAAUGCCGAAACCUCCAUCACAAACUUUUCGAUCCUGAUCUCUUUUCGAUUGAGAUCCGUGUCGCCCUUGGCCAUAUAUUCUUUGCAAAUUGAGCUGCAUUUGGGCGAUCUAAAGAUCAACUUUGACAACCUGAUGGAGGAGGAGCGGAUCAAUGAAUUUAUCCAUGCUUUGGUCAACGAAAUGGGCGUGGAACUGCUCGGAGACGUCUGGGACUAUGGGCAGGGCACAGUAGUGUCCAAAGUGCAGACGGCUGUUAACAACUUUUUGGGCGAAUUCACCCUUCAGGACAUACUCCAAAUCAUAACUGGUGGAGGUGGCGGCGAGGAAAGUGCUCCCAUAUUUGAUGGCGUCGAGCCCGACUGCAAACUUGAGGCAAGCUCAAGUAAUUAAGACUGAAAAUCUGAUGAAAUUCCACUACACUUAUAUAAGCCACUAUUUAAAUUUAGCUAAGAAAUAUAGAAAUUUUAGAUGACAA